AUGGCUCCCUCACCCCGUCCAGUCUUCGUCCUUGUACCCGGCGCUUCCCAAACUCCAGCUGCCUAUGGCUACCUCCUACACCUCCUUCAACAAAAAGGAUACGGCGCCUUCAGUGCUCUUCUGCCCAGUGUCGGGGCCACGGGACAAGUCACUGCCGCCCAUGACGCGGAAUACGUACGUUCGCGCAUGCUUCUCCCGGUGCUUGACAUUGAACAGCACGAUGUCAUCAUAAUCAGCCAUUCUUAUAGCGGAGUCCCAGCCAGCGCGGCUGCUCUAGGUCUUGGAAAGGCAGAUAGAAUCGCUGAGGGCAAAAAGACAUCGAUUCUGGGUCAGAUAUUCAUUGCUGCGGUUGUUGCUAAGGGAGGGGAUGGAUUGGAUCUUGUCGCAAACUUUGGGGGGAACAUGCCACCGCAUAUUCGCGAGCCAGCAAAUCUCUUAAGAUGCGACGAUCCUAAGCCACCUUUAUUCAACGACCUACCGACGGAACUCGCAGAUGCUGCAGUCCUAUCCUGCGUCAGCCAAUGCAAGACUUCAUUCAUAAGCCCUUGUCCAGCUGCAAGCUGGGACAGUGAAGCAUACAAGGGCCGGAUUGCUUAUGUUAAGACAAUCAAUGAUCAGGCAGUUCCUUACGCUGCACAGGCCAUGAUGCUACAAGCUUCCGGUCAGGAAUGGAUUACGCGCGAUAUCGAAACGGGGCAUAGCCCACAACUGGUGGCGCCGGAGAAGUUGGCUGAUAUUCUGGUUGAGAUUGCAGAGCACUUUGAGGCACUAUAA